GCGCUGUCGUCAGUCGUCACUCCUCAUAAUUUCUACUGAGUUGGACUUACUUAUCAAUAUUUCAUUAUUUCAUAUCACAUUUUAGUAUGAGUUUGACGUUUGUUCGUCCAGUACUUAUGUCAUUUAUUGCUGUUCAUUUAGUAUUCGCGACAAUGUUCCACGAUUGAUGGUUGCUUGCUCCACUCGAUUUCGCUGUUUUUAUAAACACGAAAUAUUUUAUCAUUUGGUGCGUUUUACAAUUAAUAAUAUAAUAAUUAAUUAAGAUAGAAUCUUAUUAUUUAUUUCAAUUUACUGCAAAAAUUCUGUAUGACACUCAAUACAAUAAUAUUUCAAAUACGGUUACACAAAUAAUAUAAAAUUUAAGGUGUAAUAAAUACCUACGAAAGACAAGGUAAAAAAUUAAAUAAAUCACAUAAAAAUUUAAUCAAACAAAAUUUUGCAAAAACUGAAGUGAAAAAACAGAAAACUAAUCAAGAAGCUAUAAAAUUAAACUAGCAACAAGCUGUUAUAGACGAACCAAUUGUAUCCAAAAUGAAUGAAAUGAAUAUUAAAACUACACAUUAUGAAAAAUUUUUUUCAAAAAAAAAAUUUUUCGCUAGUCUAGGAUUAAUGAAAAAAGAAAAAAUUAAAAAAAUAGUUGAAUUUAAUAAGAAGAAGAAGAAUAAAAGAAUAACAAGAAGCGGUGCUGUAUACAAUAAUAUUUCAAGUAAGACUACCAAAGCCAAGAAAAAAACUAAUGAAAAAAUUCAAAAUAAACAUCUAAUCCAACAAAACUUUGAGAAAUCUGAAGUGGAACAACAACAAAUAAAAAAUAUUAAAACUAAUGUAAAAAAGCAACCAAAAAAAAAAUCAAAAUCUUUAAAAUUAAACGUACAAAAAUCUAUAACAUAUAAACCAAUUACAUCCAUGGUGAAUGAAGUUAAUGAAACAAUUAAAUUAAAAAUAAUACCACCCCAAAGAAAGCUAAAAAGUAUAGCUGGUCCAGGAUUAUUGACAAAAGAAAAAAGCAAAGAAGAAAAUGAAAAUGUGAUAUCUAUACUACAUAAAAAAAAUGAAAUCCAUUCAAAGGUAAUUAUGAUAGCUAAUGAAGAUAAUACAAAGCAAACAAAUCAUGAACAAUCCACUUCAGAUACAACUUACUUAAUUAUACCCAAAUUGUGGAUUUGGACUUUUUAUGACAAUUUAAUAAAAUUACAAAGGGCUCUAACAAUGAAUCUUGUAAAACAUGCCUGUAUUCCAAUGACUUAUGAUCCAACUGUAACUGAUGGUCUUGAUUUGAAAUGGAUGAGUGAAUUAUACUCUAUUCUUCUGUUAAAUAAGAAACUAGAUACAAUUCAAUAUCAGUUGCGUGGAAUUCAAAAAAAUCAUAAUUCUUUAUUGCAAAAAAUUGGUGUGUCUAAAUAUCAAUGGAUUUCUGAUAAAAAUAUAAAUCUUGAUAAAUUUCUUGAUUGGUUAUCGCGAAAAUUUAAAAAAAUGAAAAUUUCAAUAAUUAUAGAAUUAAACAAAUAUUAUGACAAUAAAAUAAGGACCAUUGAAAAUGAGAAACCCAAUUUAAAAAACCUAGAAAAUAUGAAAUCAACGGCACAUGGAUAUAUUAAUUUUAAAUCGCACAAAAAAAAGCGAUUUUUAACUAAUGUAUCAGUGCCGCUGAUGACAAUUACAGCACCAAUAGAAAAAAAACUCGUCAACUGCGGUGUUGUCGAUGAAGAAAGAAGAUGAGAAAUCCACUGCGACUACUGCGUUAAUAUUCAAUAAAAAGAUUCAAUCAAAAUGUCUAGAUGAACAUUCAACUGCACCAAGAAUAAACAUGAUUCAAGCUUUUCAGAAACUCAAAGAAAGUUUUCCUAAAAAUAAGUGUUUUAUCACAGAAUUAAUAAAGUUGGAACAGUAUCGUAAUAUGGGAAAUCUUAUUAUAAAAAAUAUAGAUCAUGAAUAGAGCACUGAAAUUACAUGACUGUGUGUAACCAAAAAUAGCAAUUGCAUUUAAUCAUCCAAUCUAGUUAAAGAUAUUUAAAUUAAAAGUCAAUACUACUGACUCUAAUUUCAAUAAAAUCUCCCCUGUUCUGGAAAUAUAAGAGUUCUCAACCAGUUAAAAAAAUAUACUUUUUUCUAGAUUAACCAUCUUUAUGUCUACUCAUAGUGCAGUUUAAUGUUCAUCAAGAAAUUUCGAUUGCCUACUGUUAUUGUUAUUUGUAAAUGUUGUAAUGUAUAGUUUGAAUGGACUUCAUGUCCCUCAUACUUUGUAAUAUUAUUAUAUUUUCUUAAUUGUGAUAUUUGACGUAAAGUUAAAUACGUUAAAUUUAUAAGAAGCACGUUCUAAGUGUUUAUUAUGUUCAUGUGGCAAAAGCAACAGUAUGUUAAAGACUGU